AAAUCGGAUGUUUGUUUGUGAACAGUUUGUUUAGAUAAAAAACCAAAAUAACAUCAUGAAAUAACACAAAAACAGUUUAAAAAUACCAUUAAACCUUUAAAAAAGUUAAAAUACACAGUCAAAAUGUCAGAGACCAGCUAUAAUUUGAGUUACAUGUGCUUGUUACCGACGGAACUUUUACUGAAUAUUUUUUACUACUUACCUGCAAAAGACUUGUGGAAAAUCCGAGGUGUGUGUACCAGAUGGCUUACAAUAAUCAACGAGAUAACUGAACUCGAUGAUUUGUGGCGUACUUUCUGUAUAAGAGAGUUUGGAACGAGGUUUACUAUUAUAGCGCGAAGUAAACAGAAAGCGGGUUUAAAUUAUUUCCACCUUUACCGUUCUUUGUCGCUCUGGAAUCGGUUAUCGGAUGCAAACGAGGACAGAGACGAGUUCGCUGCUGCAUCUCGUAUGAAUGAAGAAAUCAGAAACUUCGUGAUUCUCGACAAAAAUGUACUAGGAGUCCAUAAAAAGGGCGCAGUAGUUUAUUAUGACAUGGAAACGCUAAAGGAAAGUAAGCGGGAACCUAUAACUGGCGAUUAUUCUCGGUACACAGAGAACGACGUAGCCAUUGUAAUUCAGAGCUACCAUCUAGAACUAUAUCUUAUAAAGAAAGCAAUAUUUGACAUCACCUCGGAUGAUAGUAACACUACAUUCAGUAACGGUAAACUUUUCUAUCUAACGGAUGAUACGUUGUACUUCGUUACCUUAUCGGAUGAGAUAUACAUGUGUAACUAUUACAAACGCCAGUUGAAAGCGCACUACAUCACUCGUUCCGAAGACGGUAUCAUGUCACUCGGUUUCAUGAAUAAACAACUCAAUAUAUUAACUUUCCAUCGGAAGAUAUACACAAUAGUUAAUAAUGAGAUGGUUUUUGUGUGCGCACUGGGACCGGACUCCAAUUUACUGCACCAAUUGAAGGAGUACAACUUUUUAGAACAACUCGAUUGGAGGAUAUACUUUCAAUGGAUGUAUGUCUUGAACCAUGCUAUACCUGAUGACGGUUUGUUACGAGAUAUCAUUAUAAUAAGACCUUACGGAGAUGUGUACUUCGUUGGAUCAAAUUGGGGAGUGCUACGGAUUUACUACGCUCCUUAUGCAGAUGGUGAAUUAGAUAUUUUUCAUACAACUCCAGUUAAACAGUACAAUUUUAUGGAACGAUCUGACUGUCCCGUACUUUCAACGUGUCAGAUAUUACAAAUAGAUGUGUCGGAAAUUGAAGACGGACACUUGGUGAUUGUUGCAAUGCCGAAGAAGAUUGCUACGUUGAAAUUCACACAUACAUUCAAUAGUGGACCUGAAUUAGCUCUCGUGCCUUACCGCAUACCGCAAAUCAAAUUAUAGAAGGUUUUGUAAGGUUUUUUCAUUAUUUAUUUAAUAUUUAAGUAAUGAAUGGUACCACACACGGUAAAUAUCCAAGUAUUAUCUAAUAUCAUAUUUAGCGUAUCAUAUGGGAGCAAAGAAACAAGCCACUUGCAUUUUUUUAAUUUUAUCAUUUCCUCUAUAACAGGGCUGUCCAAAUAAAGGCCCGCAGGCAGCAUGCGACCCACUGCUUGUUUUCAUGUGGCCCGCGACACACAUUUUAAUCUCAACCUCUUCAUUUUAUGUACAAUAAUCAAAAUUCAGUGUAUGAUUUAUCUACAUGAUUUAUCUGUGAGUAAAGAAUACAAUGUUAUACGUCAUUAUACAACUGAAAAUAUUUUUCUGGCCCUCCAUCUUUUGUAAGAAAUUUAAUUAGCCUGCGAGGGUAUGUAGUUUGGUCAGCCCUGCUCUAUAGCCUAACUCGUUGAGUACCGUCAUUAAAGCCACAAUUAAAGAACAAUAGGUUGCAGUCACCGGUGACCGCUCAGUGUUUGACAGUUUAAUAAUAAUUUCUUUUUAGAACAAAAUGCUAUCAUUUUUUAAAGGUAAAUGAAUUGCCUUUUAUGUAUAAAAGGCAUAUAGUUGUAACUAACGCUCGAAUACUGAAAGGCUACUCAAUUUUAGUUCGCCGUUAA